AUGGGUUUCCAUCAGGUAUUCCCUCUUUGGUUUUCUGCUUAUUCUUGCUCAACUUCAAGAAAGAUGGCACCUAGGCCUCCUCCUCCACCUCCUCAACCUGAGCCAUCCGAGAACACAAGGAUGCUAGAGGUUGUUCUACAAGCCAUGCAACAGCAAAAUACUGCUUUGGUGCAGCAAAACACUGUUGCACUACAAAAUCUGGAAGCCGCAAGGGUAGCUGCUGAGAACGCGAGAGUGUCAUCUGAGAACACUCAAAGGCAACUCAUGGAAGUGCUGACUAGUAGCAGGGACAUGGAGAGGAUCUAUUACGCUAAGGGGUGUCCGGAUGAGAGGAAACUGGCUUACACUCAAUAUUUAUUGACCGGGGAAGCUGGCCACUGGUGGAGCAGCAUGAGGAUGAUCCUUGAAAGGAGUGAGACUCCUAUUACCUGGGAGCUAUUUAGGGUCAAAUUCUACACUGAGUACUUCCCAAACAGUGGCAACAAAACUGUAUCAGAGUAUGUUGAUCGCUUCAAACAUUUGCUUCGCUUCAACACUACGGCGGUAGAUGAAGAGUGGCAAAGCAGGAAGUUUGAGAAUGGCUUGAGAGGUGAUAUCAAGCUGCUUGUGAACGGGUUACGCAUCAGAGAGUUUCCUGCUCUGGUGGAGAUGGCUCGUGACAUGGAGAAGACUAAGAAGGAAUCUGAGGGGCCUUAG